AUGUCAACAUCAGAGAACACAACAACUGCUAUCGUUCAUGAAGCCAUAAAUGAAGAAUACGAGUACAUACAGUAUAACAAACAGUUACGUCUCAUUCGUUCAGUCAAAGAUGACAUGUACCAAAUGCAAAGUAUAAUGAACGCUCUUCGUUCUACAAAGCAAGCAUAUCAUUGGUUUGAAAACCAACAGACAAAAGAACUUUUAGAAGAAUUUCCUCAUAUGAUUGCUUCCCUCGGAAAACCGAGAGAAGAGAUUCCGUAUGAAAAUCGCAAGAAUUUGGCUCCUGGUUUGAAAGGUUAUUAUGUUCAUAGACUUUUAGUAAACGCUGUAGCAAUCUGGGCUUCACCUCGUUAUGCUUGUUAUAUUUUCAUGAUGUUAGAUGAACUAUAUAAAGCAGAACGUGGAGAGAUGGAAAAGAAACUUCAUGCAAAAGAUGAAGUCAUUGAAUCCAAAGACAAAAGCAUACAGAAAAGAAUACCACGUUCGGUACCAAAAGGAAAGGAAAAGAGUUAUAAGUAUAUGAUUUAUACUGAAGAGUUGGAGAAAGAAGAAGAUAAAGAUAUGGUUAUGUUGCAUUUAGUCAGAAGAAACAACAAGAGCUUUUAUGACUUAGCUAAAAUAUAUAAAUCUGACAGAAACUGG